UUUUAGGCAAUCCCUUAUACAAAGCCUUGUACCGACAAGCUGUGCUCUGUUACAACCGUGCUCUCAGCACAGCACUGUGGACUGUGUCCGGUUUGUCCCGUUAUAAAUAGACAUCCCGAAUUACACCUCAUAGUAUGAAGUGCGUAAACAGAAAGAGCAAUGGAUACCGCGCGGAUGAUUCGUUCGUCCCUUGCGUUUCUGCUUGUCCUGGAUAUGUCUUGUAAAGUUGUUGUGCAGUCUCCACCCCGCUGGCAGGGUACUCCAUGAAGGUGUGUAUAAAUGGUGAACACAGACAAGCAGGUCGGUAUAAUUCACCACCGAGGCAUCCAUUGAUGAGGUGAGGUCAGCUCCAGCAAAUGUCCAACAGCAUCCGAGACUUCAAGAAGUGUCUUCUGCCCACUGGCCUUACUUCUUCCCUGGCCCGAUUCCUCAAAGUAGUGACAAACUUGACAGUCCUGAGUCUGAUCUCUAGAUAGAGAAGGGUUGCACAGAUAGUGUACGAGCAGUAAGAUAAAACACACCAAUAUCAGCAUACAAUGAAGUCAUACUUUAUACUCAUGUUGUGGUUCUGCAUGUCUGAAACAGUGUUACGACUGGAGACCGAUGAACUUGUUCUUCUUGGGACGACGACACUUCUCAAUUGUACAACAGAUGGAGAAUCAUUUCAAAAAGUGACAAUAACUAUAAAAAAGGACCCGAAUCUUACCGUGUUUACCUGUCCAACAUAUAACACAUGUGUUACAAAUUUUCCUGGAUAUUUUUACAAGGAAAGUCUGUCGACUCCCAACAAAAUUGUUGUUGGCAUUACCGCUGUCACAAUGGAUGAUAUUGCCUGGACGUGUCAAUACGAGUUUGAGAAUGCCCCAAAAGCACAGAAGAAUCUCACCAUUUCUGAUCCAGAAACAGUGUUACGACUGGAGACCGAUGAACUUGUUCUUCUUGGGACGACGACACUUCUCAAUUGUACAACAGAUGGAGAAUCAUUUCAAAAAGUGACAAUAACUAUAAAAAAGGACCCGAAUCUUACCGUGUUUACCUGUCCAACAUAUAACACAUGUGUGACAAAUUUUCCUGGAUAUUUUUACAAGGAAAGUCUGUCGACUCCCAACAAAAUUGUUGUUGGCAUUACCGCUGUCACAAUGGAUGAUAUUGCCUGGACGUGUCAAUACGAGUUUGAGAAUGCCCCAAAAGCACAGAAGAAUCUCACCAUUUCUGAUCCAGGAACAUCUGGUGGUUAUUGUAUUCAAGCUGGAUCACUGCACUUGAUGGCAUGGCUCGGUUACUUCUUCAUUCUUGCUACUUCCCCAUGACGUUCACGGGCGGAUCUAGGAAUUUAGAAGAAGGCGGUACCCCUUGAUACAACAACGAUGAAGUGUCAUUCUAUCUUUGGAUUUGACGAAAGGACGUUACCCAUAGAUACAAACACGAUGGAGUGUCAUUCUGUCAAUGGUCGUAUUCAAAACACAUAUGAUCGGACAAGGCACUUGUACAAAAUAUUUUCAAAAGUUUGCCAAAUAUUACUCAGAAUUAAAUAUCAUGUAUAAUAUAUUUAUAAUUUUGUUCAACACAAAGUAAGUAUACAGUCAUGCAGCUUGUGUCCAAAUAUUAUUGUAUUGUAUUCAUAUUUAGAAAGCCUUUUCAGUCCUACUAUUGUCAUCGACUGCACGGAUUAUCCUGACGCUCUGUGUCAUUUGUCAAGACGUAGGUUUUUUUUAUAAAUUCUUUUGGCGGUGUGGUUAAAUCGUUCGCUCGUCACGCCGAAGAGGUGAGGUGAAAUGGGGUUUAACGUCGCGUCCAAG